UGUGAGUCAAUCUCAACAUACCUAGGUACGUAUCAGUCAUCAUAAAUGGUCUGUGCGCGCUAGGUAUCAACCUCUGGUGUCUUGAUUUCUCGUCAGCCUUUGUUUCGACGUCACAGCCUUUAGUUUUACAUCUUUCAUCUUUCCCUUCUUUAUCCCCCCAAAGGAUGCGACGAACCUAAAGGCUUAUUCUACCAUUUCUCUCGUAAAAAAUUACUGCGAGGGGAAUUAUUUUUUGCCUUUACUUCAAUCUCUUGACUUGCCUCGGGUGGGUUCACAACUUUCGCAACUACAACAACCUUUUCUAGGCAACGCCAUCCGUCCAUCUGCAAUUCAUGGUUUGCCAGCCUUGCCUGAAGAUCGUCAAUUAUUGACGACUUUUCUACAACCAUUCAUAAAGCGUCAUCUCCAGAUCAUUUACAGCCACUUCUUUGCUCCUCUAAUAGAGUAGCAACCUCCACACCUCUUAUCGCCUCCGAAUCUGUUUCUCUACGCAGAGUUUUCGCGGUUUUCGCUCACUUCUCAUACAACGAACGAUGGCGCCCUCUGGUCCCCGAAAGGGAUCUGCCCCUACUGGCCCACGCAACACUCGAAGUGGAACAAAUAGUGCGAAUGCGGCUUCCAGAGGUGGAAUAUCUAAGCGUCGUGGCAAUACUUCAGGCAGAGUGGACAAAGAUGGCGACCUUGAUAUGGAUGUUCCCGGUGCGGCCAACCGUAACCCUCGGAAGGCGAAGCGUACCGAAGCGCACGAUCCUACCACAACACCUCGAUCCACAAGAUCGGCACCGAGCGGAUCCCGCGCACCGAGACCAAACGUGAAGACACAACAAAUAAUACAACGCGUCUUCAACGGAACUGCUGGCGGUAGCCUCUCUUCCCGCAUCGCUACCGGAAUGUCUGGAGGGGCUAAAGCCUUUAAAGGCAUCCGCCAAGUCAACGCGCCGAAUACGAUGACACUCCAAGUUCAGGGUCUCAAAUCCAGCAAGGCGGCCGGUAACGAAGGAGGCGGCCUCAAAGAGCUGUUGACCUUCCUGGAACGAAAAGCUCAGGCCGUCUCGAAGACUACACGAAGCAUAAGGAUUAAGAAGUCACACAUCAAUGGUGACUUUGUAUAUAUCAUCACAAGCAAGGAAGACGGGGAAGAAAUUCUUAAGCUGAAUGGAUUCGCAUUUGCCGGUACAACCCUUACUAUCACAGAAGCACCGGGCGAAUUGCCCCCGGCUAGCCAGAAUAAUAUGUCCUCGACCGCUCUCGAGGUAAAAGAAGUGCUUCGUAACGUCCUUAGCCUCCGAUACGACGGUAGCGCGAAGCUACUAAAUCUAUCUGCCCUCGGCGAAGAUGCCGGGCUCAACCAGAUGGGCUUCUUCAGUGGCGAGAGUAAACCUGAGAAGCUGUUUCGCGCACUAAUGGCUGUUUGUGAUGGGUUAUUUAAGACGGCUCAGGAUAAACGAGACGCCGUCGUUAGUGUCAGCCUCGCCGGCAACAACAUCGACGACGUCUUUCAGAUCAUGUCCUUGACUGAAACCUUCCCCGACUUAGUCAACUUGGACUUGAGCCGAAACCACUUCAAGGAUUUAAAGGGUCUUCAAAAGUGGCGAUAUCGCCUUAGGAAGCUCGAAACUCUCCUCCUGAAUGACAACCCUAUCGAGGCGGCGAAUCCCAACUACGCAGCAGAGCUAACAAACUGGUUUCCCCGACUACAAAACCUUAGCGGCAUCCAGGUUAGGACCCUGGCACAAAUCGCCGCAAUGGAAGCCGCGUCUCGGCCUACUCCCAUCCCACAGCACGGCGCCGACUUUCGGGAUAUCAAUGGCAUUGGCGAAGGCUUCAUUAGGGAGUUCAUGUCAAUGUAUGAUGUUGAUCGACAUAAUUUGGCGGCUAAGUACUACGACAACGAAAGCACUUUUUCUAUUGCUGUCAUCAACAGCUCUCCACACCCACAAAGCACUCAGACACCCGGUUGGGGCGCAUAUAUCAAAUUCUCCCGUAAUCACAACAAGGUUACCUAUACCUCUACUAGAAUACAACGUUUAUUCGUUGGAACACAUUUUAUUCAAAGCGCAUGGCAACAGCUACCUCCUACGCGGCACCCUGAUCUAGUGGCUGAAUUCAACAAGUACAUUGUCGAUUGCCAUCCUGUCCAUGGUCUCUCCGACCCAGCUGGCCAAAGCCCGGUGGGCGUAGAUGGAAUGAUCAUUACCAUACAUGGAGAAUUUGAGGAUCAAGAGCCUGGUACUAUGAAGACGGCCAAGCGAAGCUUCUCUCGUACUUUCGUCCUAGGUCCUGGUGUUCCAGGUAGAAAUCCUAUACGUGUCAUCAGCGAUAUGCUUUCCGUCAGAGCAUUCAGUCCGCCGCCAGGUUCAACGCCGGAACCGACGGCCCAACCGGUAGUCCAACCAGUAGCGCAGCCGAUAGCACAGCCGAGCGUAGACUUGCAGCAACAAAUGGUGAUUGAGCUUUGCAACCGAACGGGUAUGACUCCGGAAUACUCGAAGUUCUGUUUGGACGGGGCCAACUGGAACUUUGAUCAAGCCCUUCUUAUGUUUAACGAAAAAAGAGCGCAAUUACCAGCCAAUGCUUUCGCUACGGCGUCUCAAUAGAACUGAUGACGGGGUUCAGAUUGGGUUGGCUCGGAAUUUUCACUCGCAGAAGUGCUGCAUAGGCUAAGGAGUUCAUGGUUUAAGAGUCUUUACGUUGUACAAUGAUUAUGGGAUCUCGCUGGGCAAGUUACGUCUGCGCGUAGCUAUGUAUAUACAGAAAGGAGUCAGGUCAUGACCUCAAGAAAGCGAGGUCAAAGCGGAAUUCUCGAGUCUAGAGACGACUCCCUCGGUCAGACUGAGACUUCCUAUACGGAAACACGUGGAUGUCGAGUUCUUAUUGACUAGAGGUCAGAAAUCGCCGGGUUCAGCUACGCCUUGGCGAAGUUUCGCGUGUGAAGAAUAAAUCAGGCAAUAAGCAAAUAUUUGACGCGCUUA